ACUGCAGCGCUGUCAUCGUACCGUAUUAUGAUACCGUUAGCUAUGCCAUAUCCCUAAUCGUAACGUCGACGCGCUGUUCCCUCUCAAAACGGAACCCUCCCUCCGUUGUUUCACUAGAAAAACCCCUCAAAAACCAGCAUACACAUCAUCAGCCACUCGCGAUGGAGGAAGCGGAGAGUGUAUUGGAAGCUAUUUAUGAAGAAGACGACAGAUUAGAAGACGCUGAAGAUGUUGAGAUGGUUGAUGUGGAAGAAGGAGAGUUGGUCGAGCCUAUGUCACAAAUUGAUCAGGGACAAAACUGUGGUGAUGGUGGUGGUGGGAGUGUGGGUGACAUUGUUGGAAAUCAAGCUUCACAGAGCAAAAACCGCAGGCGUAGGGAAAAUAAGAAGAAGAAUAGGAAAAAGAAAGGCAAUACAGGGCCAAAUGUAACUGAUAUAAACAGGUUUGUGCUAGAUACAUGUAGACGUCUGAAAGAGAAAAAAUCCUACAUGGUAUAUACUGCUGUAGGUUGUCUGGGAGUUUCUGCGUUAAGUGAUCUGGUGAAAGAGGUGGAUGCAAUUCAGUCUUGUGGAGGACAGAUGACUGCUGAUGGCAGACGCUUUCGAACAGGAGGUGGAAUAUUAUGGAACAUAAUGAAAACAAGAGAACCAAUGGCCUACAAAGAGAUAAUGAAAAAGGCUAAGGACUUUGAGAAACAAUUUAAACGGCCAAAAAUUCGGCAAGCACCACAGCAAAAGGAGUGCUCUUCUCAAGAAACUGCAUUUUCAUUAACUGAUGAGGCUGCAUCCAGUGUUCCAGAUGGUUCUCAACUGGUACCUCAAAAUCAGCAUGAACAGUCCAAUGAUGAACAGAAGCGAAGAUCUGUUCAUGACAGAAUGAGGGUACCUGUUUCAUAUGAUGACCUACUUGAUGAUGACUCAAAAAAUGAUUCUGCAUGAUUUUUGGGAAACGUGGAUAUUGGCUUUGAUUCGCUUGGUGACUUGUGGGCUUGCUGACACAUUUUUGUUUUCUUUUGAUGCAAAAUAGGAAAUUUCUGUCAUGUUUUAUUUACUGGAAAGUGUUAUAUCCAUUCUUGGUUUUAUAGAUUAACAAUUGAUGUUUUUGGCCUC